AUGCCGCCCGCCAUGGGGGCGAGUGAGCCGGUGCCUUAUCGCGGGAAACUAUCGACCCGCGCCGCCAUCUUGGCGCGCAGGCGCGGGAAAAUAUGCGGACCGUCUGACGUGCCGCCAGAGAGCGGCGUCGCGUCGCACGGCGCGCCUGUAAAUAACAAGUGUCCGCGCGUCAAAGCGCACUCGCUUCGCCGACGAUGUUCGUCUGAGCCCGCUGCCGCGUUAAAGGGACUAACAAUGAUCGACCCAAGCUCAUCCGAGGAAGACAGUGAGGAUGAACACAAGAAGCAGCCGGCGAAGUUGCCCGUUGUACCACCGGGCUCACUUGUCGGCGGAAGACCAUCCGUCAGAGGAAAGCCGGAACUGCCUCGAGGGUCUACUGCCGGUCUUCCAGGGGCUAGUCCGCUAACCACUGCGCCGUUAGCCGCCCCCCUACAUCCAGCAACGAGGCAGAGGGAGCAAGCAGCACUCGCCCCACCACCACACGCGACCUCGACGGGGAGCGCCAGCUCCGGCGAGGCACCGGCACCAUCACCCAGCCCCUCUGGAGCCAGCCACUCUGAUAAGGACCAAGACCCACAGGAGAAAAUAGAAAAGUUGGAAGAGGACAAGAAGCGGCGCCUGCAGCUAUACGUCUUCGUGUCGAGAUGUAUAGCGCACCCGUUCAACGCAAAACAACCAACAGACAUGACCAGACGGCACACGAAGCUGACGCCGCACCAGCUCGAGACCAUCCAGGCCCGGUUUCAGGCAUUCCUAAAAGGCGAGACUCAGAUUCUCGCUGAUGAGGCCUUCCAAAACGCCGUUCAGUCGUACUACGACGUAUUCCUGAAGUCGGAACGCGUUGAACAGAUGGUAAAGUCCGGCGCGUGUUCGCACCACGAUUUCCGCGAGGUGUUCAGGAACAACAUUGAGAAGAGAGUCAGGUCUUUGCCAGAAAUAGAUGGAUUAAGUAAAGAGACUGUAUUAACUACGUGGCUUGCUAAACUGGACUGCAUUAUGAAAGGAACUGGUAUCCCGGGCGAUGAUGAGACCAAAAGACCAUCGCGUGCGCAGCAACAGAGUCUGAAUGCCGAGUGUAUACUCAGCAAAGAGCAGCUCUACGACAUGUUCCAGCAGAUUUUGGGCGUGAAGAAGUUCGAACACCAACUUCUGUUCAACGCUUUAUUACUGGACUCCGCUGAUGAACAAGCAGCAGCCAUUAGAAGAGAGCUGGAUGGGAGAAUGCAGAAAGUUAAUGAAAUGGAGAAGAACCGCAAGUUGAUGCCGAAGUUCGUUCUCAAGGAAAUGGAAUCCCUAUACAUUGAAGAGCUGAAGUCAUCCAUCAACCUGUUAAUGGCCAAUUUGGAGUCUCUGCCUGUCUCUAAAGGCGGGGCGGAUUCCAAAUACGGCCUGCAUAGAAUCAAGCGGUAUAAUCACAGAUCAAAUGCUGGAACAGAUCCGAGUCCAAGGUUGAGUAAGCAGCUGUGUUUCAGAUCGCAAGGCUCUCUAGCGAACAAGUUGACGGGCGAGGGAGACGGCGGCGACGUGGACACGCAGCUCACGAAAAUGGAUGUGGUUCUAACAUUCCAAAUAGAGGUGGUUGUUAUGGAAGUAAAGGGUCUGAAGUCUUUGGCUCCAAACAGAAUAGUGUAUUGCACGAUGGAAGUGGAAGGCGGUGACAAACUGCAAACCGACCAAGCAGAAGCCUCCAAACCAAUGUGGGAUACUCAAGGCGACUUCAGCACAACACAGCCAUUACCAGCUGUGAAAGUGAAACUGUACACAGAGAACCCUGGAGUCCUAGCAUUAGAGGACAAGGAGCUAGGCAAAGUUGUGUUAAGACCGACCCCACUUUCGAGCAAGGCACCUGAAUGGCACCGCAUGACAGUACCAAAGAACUUGCCAGAUCAAGAUUUGAGAAUCAAAAUUGCGUGUCGGAUGGAUAAACCGCUAAACAUGAAACAUUGCGGUUAUCUCCACGUGAUCGGAAAGAAUGUAUGGCGCAAGUGGAAGCGUCGCUACAUGGUUCUGGUGCAAGUUAGCCAGUACACCUUCGCGCUGUGCUCGUACAAGGACAAGAAGUCGGAGCCUGCCGAGAUGAUGCAACUUGAUGGGUUCACCGUAGACUACAUAGAGCUGGCAAGCGCUCAACUGAUGGUUGGUCAAGAACUGGAGGGGGCGAAGUACUUCAUGAACGCGGUGCGUGACGGCGAAUCGGUUCUGAUGGGAGUCAGCGACGAGAAUGAGUGUCACCUGUGGGUCAUGGCGCUGUACCGCGCCACGGGCCAGAGCCACAAGCCGACGCCGCCCACCACUUCUGACACACACAUUAAGAUCAUGGGGGACGCUGACAAGGCUCGUAAGCAUGGCAUGGAGGACUACAUCCAAGCGGACCCUUGCCAAUUCGACCACCACCAACUGUUCUGCAUCCUCCAGUCACUGACUCUAAAGUACCGUCUCCAAGAUCCUUACUGUUCUUUGGGCUGGUUCUCGCCCGGACAAGUGUUCGUGUUGGACGAAUACUGCGCCCGGUACGGGGUACGCGGCUGCUACCGUCACCUGUGCUACCUCUCCGAUCUGCUCGACGUGGCGGAAAGCGGGGCACAGACUGUAGAUCCGACACUAAUGCACUAUUCCUUCGCGUUCUGCGCGAGCCAUGUGCAUGGGAAUAGUACGGCCACGUUGCCUGGCAGGCCCGACGGCGUGGGCAGCAUCACGGUCCAGGAGAAGGAGAAGUUCGCCGAGAUUAAGGAGAGGCUCAAGACACUGUUGCAACAUCAGAUCACAAACUUCAGAUAUGCGUUCCCGUUCGGAAGACCAGAGGGCGCGCUUAAGGCCACUUUAUCGCUACUGGAGCGGGUGCUGAUGAAAGACGUAGUGACCCCGGUAGCACCGGAAGAGGUUCGAACUAUGAUCCAGACGAGCCUUGAGAAUGCUGCCCUUCUAAACUACACGCAACUGAGCCAAAAAGCUAACAUUGAAGAGGAUCUGAGAGGAGAGACGAUGGUGACCCCAGCUAAAAAAUUGGAAGACUUGAUCCAUCUCGCAGAAUUGUGUGUAGAUCUGUUGCAACAGAAUGAGGAACACUACGCAGAGGUUUAUAACACAAAACCGGACUCUAGCGGUCAACAAAAUGCGUUUGCAUGGUUUUCUGAACUCCUGGUGGAACAUGCAGAAAUCUUCUGGGCGUUAUUCGGAGUAGAUAUGGACCGAGUGCUGGCAGAACAGCCACCGGAUACGUGGGAUUCGUUCCCACUGUUCCAGAUUCUCAACGAUUACCUGAGAACUGACGAAAACCUUAAAGGCGGAAGGUUCCAUGAGCAUUUGAGAGACACCUUCGCCCCCCUAGUGGUACGCUACGUAGAUCUCAUGGAGUCAUCGAUCGCUCAAUCCCUCCACAAGGGAUUUGAAAAGGAGCGGUGGGAGAUUAAAGGCAAUGGAUGCUCCACCAGCGAAGAGCUGUUCUGGAAGCUGGACGCGUUACAGUGCUUCAUCCGCGACCUACACUGGCCGGAGCCGGAGUUCCGUUCUCAUCUUGAGCAGCGACUGAAGCUGAUGGCCUCCGAUAUGAUGGAGACCUGCAUCCAGAGGACCGAAUCCUCGUUCCAGUCGUGGCUGAAGAAGAGCGUGACCUUCAUGUCGACGGACUACAUCCUGCCCGCGGAGACCUGCGCCAUGGUGAACGUGGCUUUGGACGCGAAGAACCAAGCCCUGAAGCUGUGCGCCGUGGAGGGGGUCGAUAUUGCCAUGGACCCCUCUCUCGCCUACCAGUACCACGCAAAAAUGGAUGCCCAGAUCGAAGCAUGCCUCCAGGCGAUGGCGACGGGUAUGACCACGCGUCUAUCGGCCGUUCUAGAAGCGACUCUAGCCAAGAUCGCGCGGUUCGACGAGGGCAGUUUGAUCGGAUCAAUCCUGACUAUAGCCAACGUUUCUGGCUCCGGCAAAGACAUUGGCCAGGGUUACGUUAACUUCAUGAGGAAUUCCAUGGACCAGAUUAGGUCAAAGGUGACGGACGAGCUUUGGAUCUUGCAGCUAUUCGAACAGUGGUAUGGCAUCCAGGUGGGGCUGAUAAACACUUGGCUUGGAGAAAGGCCCGCGCUGCAUCCACAACAAGUUGCCUGCCUCUCCAUUAUACUAAAGAAAAUGUACAGCGAUUUCGAGCUGCAGGGUGUCAUUGACGACAAGCUGAACUCGAAGGUCUACCAGAGCGUGGCAGCGAGGAUGCACACAGAAGAGACCACGUGCAGCCUGCUGCUAGCCCAGCAAGACGCCGGAGGCGGUGAAGACGGAGGCUCAGAGGAGGGAUCCAGAGGCGGGAAGUCGAAACUGGAAUCGCUCACCGAAGACGCAAAACUUGGCAACGUCACCGCAGUCGUGGGAAAGGUUGGCAACAUGUUUGGCCGCGGCAUCGGGGAGCUUUCUACCAAACUGGGCGGAGCGUCGUCUUGGUUU